ACCGUCAGGCGGCAGCACGACCACAAAGCAGCGGCUGCGGCGGAGGAAGCAAACCGAAACUCCUCAAUGAGUUCACCUUCAGAUAAAUAGUUAGUCCCCCUUUUCUCUCAACUCUUAUUUUAACCCACAGGUGUCCGGACAAAAUGAACGGCUCUGUGCACUCCUCAUCCAACGUGGUGGACAUCAAACUGAAGCGGGGACCGGCAGGCUUGGGAUUCAAUAUAGUUGGAGGUGUGGAUCAGCAGUAUGUUAUGAAUGACAGCGGCAUAUACGUGUCCAAAAUUAAAGAAGAUGGAGCAGCAGGACUGGAUGGAAGACUGCAAGAGGGGGACAAGAUCCUGGCGAUUAACGGAAUCAAGCUUGAGGAUCUGACACAUCGAGCUACAGUGGAUCUGUUCAGGACGGCGGGAGAGGACGUGGAGCUGCGUGUUCAGAAAAAGUUGCCUCAUCACAUGAACGGACCCACAGGUUCACAACCCGAGCCCAAAUCUUCUGUGUCUUCUCUGGGAAUACUGCUCGCUUUAGCGGGAGCCGCUUCCAUCUUUGCGUUCAUUUACAUGCGUCACCUUAGAAAGCAAUUUUAAUGAAUCCGACGUUUUCCGUAUGUUAUUUUUUAAGAUCAAAAACUUUGCAAAAGGCCAAAGAAAAGAAAGAGGGAACUAACUCGAAACAGUAGACGAUAUAUUUUUGUUGAUUAGUAGCUGUCGGUGUCACUGAUGAGUUUCUCCAUGUUCAUGCGUAUAAUGUGAUUUAUGGUAGCUUCUUGACACCCUUCCUAUGCAAAAAGAUGCUCUCUACCACAGGGCUUAUUUUGAAUAGAUAACUCUGUGGUUGUAAGGAGUAGACGAAGGAUGUACACGAUAUUCCUGCUGCCGGGUUUAGCUGGGCUGAGCUCAGGCAGAAACAAACAGCUAUCCGUACACAGAAUACUAUUAAAUCCUCGGGUCCAGUCCGGCUGGCUCAAGCUUCAGGGACCAUUUUCAAACUGAAAGACGGUGUUGUGUUCAGUCGCUCGCAGGCCCCUCUGCACCUCCGUCGCUGAAUGGCAGAUCUGUGUGAGGGCCGGCGGUGAGAGGAGCCCACUGAACUCUCAGUUUGUCUGUGUUUAAAAAAUUAAUGGGUUUGAUUUUCAUUUUGCGCCGUUGCACAGAAUCAUGGGAGAAGCGGCAGCCUGCAGUUAACGUGAUAAAUUGUGUCUGGUAAUGGACUUCAGAGUGCCUUUUUUCUGUCUGUUCAAAGUAAUGGUGCCGUUUGGCUCUUGUUGCUCCUGAUCAUGAUCAAAAUGAAAACCAACCCACGACGUCCAUCAAUACAUUAAAUUAAAGGAUUUUGCUGUGAUGAUGUAUUUUCUUAUCGUCGACAAAUCCCAUGAAAACCACCAAAUCAACAGUUAGUAAGUCGGUCUGUCCGUAUUUCCCGACUUCCUCAGCAUCUCUGCUGCCUUCAGCCAUAACGACAUUUGUUCGGGAUGUAAAUCUGGAGCGAUUUUGGACUGAAGGAACUUUUUCAGAGUCCUAAGAAUGUUACUUUUUGUUAUGUCUGCAAAGCAAAGGCAGCCAAGUCUCGCUCCCAGAGCGUCGAAAUACGCAGAGCUCAGUGUCAAUAUAAUGACACUGGCGUUCGGUGCUUUUCACCAACUACAAUGCAAACGCAUCCACGUCAUUAUUCGACUCCCGGAGCAACAGACGUAGUUCAGAGAGCAUAAAAGUCCACUUACGGCUGGUGUGCACAGUGGUGGGAGAUUCCAACAAACAACGAUAGUUUCGGUGUUUGUGCCGCGUUUUUUAGGGACACUGCUGACCUUGGUCACAUUUGUGCUGCACAAAGGUUUCUUUUUUUAAAGUAGUAACAUCUGCAAUCUUUUCCUAACCAUAACCAAGAGUUUUGUAUCCAAAUCUUAAGUGUUGACCACUUCUUAACACGUGAUUGUGGCACUCAUAGCUAGAUUUUUUUUUUUAGGGAUUUUAAGGGACCUUUUCUAAACCAUAACCAAUGAACUGAUAAUUAAUAAAUUAUUGUCAGGAUACAGCAAAAUGCAGCACACGUCACUUAAACAUGAUAAAACGGUGCAUUUGUUGGGAACUAUUUUCAGAUGUGGAUUAAUACACAUUUGGUGCUCCAGCGAGUAUUUACGGCAGCAAGAUGAUGUAUAUGUGACUGAUUCAACACAAACAAGUGUCCAUUGUAAUAAAGAAGUUCUCCAUACGAUCCAUACAAUCUACAGGACCGUUUACUAAACCCGCACACCUACCGAAGGAUGACAGAGUUACUCAUGUGACCGUGAUCAGUUGCAGUUUUAAACACUUUGGUUGCGUUAUAAAACGGUUGCAGUGGCACCAAAACUUUCUGGGUAGGUUAAGGCAAAAAAAAAACCCUUCUUGUCACCAUGGUAACGUAACAUAUCUCAUGUGACAUGCAUCACAUGAAAGCACUUGUGUGACAUUCGUCCACAUGCCACAUUUUGUUGAAAAAUGACUUGACUUGUGGUUUCACGUGGGACAUGAACACUGAUCUCCUGUAGGAAAGUCUGGUGACUGUUUGACCAGCCAACCCUAAUCGCACAUUCUUGCUCUUUAUACUACGACACCUGACUUCCUCCUUUGCUCCCGGUCACUAGAGGUCACAGAGGUUGUUUUGUUGAAUAGUUUUUGGACAACACUGGAGCGCUUUGGCACAGACAAAUAAGAUAUUAAACUAUUCUUGAUUAUUUUGGUCUUUUCAUGGGAUUUUUUGACAUUAGGAAAAAUACAGAUCAUCAUAGGACUUAUCCCCUUAAGCAAAAUACAUGCAUUUGAGUACUUUGAUAAGAGUUUAUUAUAAAGUAUCACAUGGUCACUCAGGGUGAGCCAUUAAAUCUAUAUCUUAGAAACAAUUCAUUCCUUACAUAUAUAUAUGUAUAUAUAUCGCGUCGUGAGCAGCUCCUUUCUUAGCACUCAGUCACAGCUGACGGCUCUCUGAAAGAUGCUGCCGUGUUUUUGUUGUGUGUCACCGCCGUUUCAGACAUUCUCCUAAUUUUGCAUCGAGGCAAGUGCUUAUAAUCACACCGCACCUUCUGCUAAGUGAUUGAUGAAAAUUGGAGUUUGCUGUGACAGAGGACAUUUGUGUUCAUUUGUGUGAAGGAUCAACAGCUUAAUUCUGAGAAGCAGCUUGUUAGCAGUUCUAUGUAAAGGAGAGUUUGUUUUUUUAAAGAAAUGAGUUGCUGUCAUCAGUUUAAAAUGUUUUUUUGCACUAGCCACAAUCAUGGAACUUCUCCAGUAACUUCCAUAGAACAGAUGAAUAAGUGAAUUGUGUGUGCUGGGUGUAUUUGUCCACAUUUGUCGGUCUGCAGCGCAUCUAUCAUGCAAUUAUCUCUGACUGCAUGUGGCUCUCGUUGUCUGUAAAUACAUUUCAUGUUGCGCUGCUGAGCGGGAUUGUGAAUAUGUGCCGUAUGCCAGAAAACAGAGAUCAGAAGCACUAAUAAAUUAUGCAAAAUACUGUGUGUUUUACAUCCAUGCACCUACUGUAUUAAAAUUCAUGUUAAAUA